AUGAAUACUUUAGCAGAACUUCUACUGGUAGAGUUUAUACUGGCAGAACUUCUACUGGUAGAGUUUAUACUGGCAGAACUUCUACUGGCAGAACUUCUACUGGUAGAGUUUAUACUGGCAGAACUUCUACUGGUAGAGUUUAUACUGGCAGAACUUCUACUGUUUCCCUCAAAAUUGAACACUUUAGCAGAACUUCUACUGGUAGAGUUUAUACUGGCAGAACUUCUACUGGUAGAGUUUAUACUGGCAGAACUUCUACUGGUAGAGUUUAUACUGGCAGAACUUCUACUAGUAAAGUUUCUACUGGUAGAACUUCUACUGGCAGAAUUUCUACUGGUUAUAUAUGGUGUCAAUUUUUUAAAAAAUUUUGAAUUCAAUGAGUUAUAUCAAAAAUAA